AUGUCUGUAGUUGCUAAAAAAGAAAGUUGUUUGAUUUAUAGAGGUAGCAAUGGAUUUCGAAUGCGAUUAAUUUUAUCAGUAUUAAGUGGGAGGCCUGUUAAAAUAAAUGAUAUAAGAUGUAUGGAUGAUUUCCCCGGUUUAAGAGAGUAUGAGGUUAAUUUAAUUAGGUUAUUGGACAAAAUUACAAAUGGAACAACUGUCGAAUUAAAUUAUACUGGUACAAGUGUAUAUUUUCAACCAGGACUUUUACAAGGUGGUUUUGUUACUCAUGAAUGUUGUAAACUUAGAGCUAUUUCUUAUUAUCUUGAAGUAUUAAUUGCUUUGGCUCCUUUUUGUAAAAAACCAUUACACUGUGUUUUAUAUGGAGUAACAAAUGCUCAAAAUGAAGUAUCAGUGGAUAGUAUGAUAACAGGAUUAAUUCCAAUUUUAAAAAGAUUUUUGGUAGUUGAUGAUGGAUUAUCUUUAAAGGUUGUUAAAAGAGGUAUGGCUCCGGAAGGCGGUGGUCAAGUCGAGUUUCGUUGUCCUACUAGAAAAUCUCUAAAACCUAUUCAGGUUUUGGAUGCUGGUAAGGUAAAAAGAAUCAGAGGAGUAGUCUAUGCUGUUAGAGUUUCGCCAACAUUCGCUAAUAGGAUUGUUGAACGUGCAAAAAGUGUUCUGCUUCAUUAUUUGCCAGAUGUUUACAUAAAUACUGAUCAUUGCAAAGGAGACAAAAGUGGAAAAUCUCCUGGUUUCGGUGUGAGUUUAACGGCUGAAACAACAACUGGAGUAUUUUACACAUGCGAUAAUCAUUCAAACAUACCUAGCCCCGAUAUUGAACCUUCAGUUCCUGAAGAUUUAGGUAUUCAUGCAGCCAAUUUAUUGUUAGAAGAAAUUUAUAGAGGGGGUUGUGUGUCGAGUAGUUAUCAAAGUUUAGUUGCAUUAUGGAUGUCUUUAACACAAAAGGAUAUUUCAAAAUUUUUAAUUGGACCUCUUUCUCCUUAUAUGAUAAAAUUUUUACAACAUAUCCAAGAUUUUUUCGGACUAACAUUUAAAUUAGAUGCAAAAGAAAAAGAUGAUGAUGAUGAUGAUGAUGAAGAAUUAAAUCAAGGUGCUAAAAAGGUUUUGAUAACGUGUUUAGGUAUAGGAUAUUCUAAUUUAAGCAAAAGAACUUUGUAA